UAAUCAAUUAAUUAAUUAGGAUGACAUAAUCAUGAGGUACAUGGGAGGUGACAUUAACAGAGUGAGGACUCAGAAAAUCUAUUAAUCAACCAACCUUUGAAGAGAACACAAACCCGACAACAGUAAUCAUGCUUUAUCUCGAGGAUUACCUCGAAAUGAUAGAGCAGCUGCACCAUGAUCUGAGGUACCAGUUCCAGUUCAUGCACGAUCUCGACUCAUCAGUUCAUCAGGAAACAGGAGAGGUGCAGCAGGAGAUAUCUGUGUUCUGUGAAAAGGCUAAGCAGAUGACGAAGGAGGAGUGGGAGAUAGAACAACAACCCAUUCUCAAUACGUUUAAGAGAAUUAUGGAGAUAGCAGACGAAAAGGUUUCUCUGUCGACUCAGCUACAUGCCUCGGUGUCCAGAUACCUACAGAAGCUGGAGAAGGAGCUGGGUAAGUUCAAGGCAGAACUAGAGGCUGACAGUGAGGGUAUUACUGACGUGUUGGAACAGAUGGCUAUGAAAGAGCCUGAACCCCCUGACUCUCCCAAACCCCUGAAAAAGAAGUCCACUACAACGUACGAUGCUAACUCUUUUGAUAACUUCUCUGACUACGAGGUUGAUGGAGCUGGAACAGGUUUGGAGGGUCUGGAUGAUUACAGAAUGUUGUACGAAGAUAUCAACAACGAAACAAACUCUCCUCAAUCAGUGGUGUCCGAUUUGUCUACAGACCUAAUGCACUACGUACGAAAGAGGAAAAGAGAUCACGACACAGCAUCCACCUCUAACUCCCUACCCAUCACUCCUACUACUGAAAUAGCCAGUAUGAACACCACCAUCAAGACCCAGAAUCUGAACCACCCGCCUAUAAAGAGGAAACGUCCGGCCAUGUUCGGACCAGGGACCGGUAAUCCGUGUCCGCCGGAGGGGCUGGCUCAGACUAUUAACGGAAAUCAGCUGCGGUUGAACAAGAAGUUAGAGUACCAGUCCUCUCAAGAGGUGUUUGAAGUAGACUGGCAAUAUGUUGAUCCUAACGAACCCAGAUAUUGCAUUUGUAACCAGGUAUCGUAUGGUGACAUGGUAGGAUGUGAUAAUCCCAGCUGUCCAAUAGAGUGGUUCCAUUACCCGUGUGUGGAGCUGAGUGACGCUCCCAAAGGAAAGUGGUACUGUCCUCAGUGCCGAGAGGAGAGUCUUAAGAGGAAGAAAUGAAGAGGACAGUGGUGAGACAGAGUUACAUGGAAUACUUAUCCAUGAAUUUUAUCGGAUAGAGUUUUUGAAGCAGAUUAGUUAAUUUCGAUAGCAGAAGGCAGGCUGAUUGAAUUUUAAGAAGUUGGUGCUAUACUAUAUACUAGUUGAGGUGGUACAGUUUUUAAAGUAGAUAUUUUAAGUAUAAGGGGGAAAGUGGUGUGGUGCACUAAAAUUCAGUGGGUUUCAGUGUUGAGGAAUGUUUGAUUAAUUUAAAUGGUAAUGCUGAUGGUGUAUUAUGUUAUCGUGUCCUUUCUGUAUAGGUUUUGCUGAGCCAAACUAGUUAUCAAACUAGUAAUGUUUUAUUAUUAUUUGAUACUUGAAUUUGAUAUAUGGACCCUUUUAACUUGUUUUAUUCGACAAUGUAUUCAAACUAUGUUUCUGAAAAAUGGAAAAGAAAGAAGAAUUCAAAACAUGAAUAUUGCG